GGUAGGCUGUGUGUUUGUAAUUGAGCGUGACGUGAACGAGAACGAAACUAGUUACCAAAUCAACGGAACUAUUACUAAUAUUGCUGCCAUUACAACAAGAAAUACAUAGGAUAUUCUUACAUUCAACUGGAUUAUUAUAGGUGGUGAUUUUACCGUCUGUUUCAACUGCCGUAGGAUAUACUCUGCUACAGCAUAUUGAUACGUUAUUAUACAAAUUUGUGUGGUAGUGCUGGUGCCGACCGACAGUGACCAAUCGACAGUAUAGAUAUAUGAAUAUAUAUCUAUAUAUCAGUAAAUAUAUUGUGUGAUUUAUUGUGUGAUAAAUCGUGCGUCUCAGUGCAGCUUAGUCGGAUGUGCCAGUUUAAGCCAGAAGCCUUUAGUGCCCGAAGCUGUUGGAGCUAGAAUUGGCCUUUGGUGGUGGUGACGGGGUGUUACCGCUUCGUAAUCCCAUGAGCAAUACACGGCUUCAGCUGAUUUUACCCGAUCCGAGUCCGCGUCCUCGAAAGGAUCCCUCGGACUUUCCAAGCAGCCUCAGCCUCCAGGAACCAAAGUUGAUACAAGCAACAAAAAUGGGCCACGAAGAGGUCGUAGACAAGGCACGAUUGCCGAUGAUCAAAUCGGGGCAGGAUGACGCCUUGGCUGAUAACAAGAGCCAGAGCUCUCCCCGGGUGCUUGUCGCCACCCCCGAGCAGGUGAUGAAAAUGUACAUGCACAAGUUGACGGUCUACGAACACAUUGAGAUAUUCAACUAUUCGCAAAUCUAUUUUAUUGGCGCCAAUGCUAAGAAGCGUCAGCCUACAACGAACAUGGGGCAAAAUUGUGGUUACGAUGAUGAGCAGGGCUCGUAUGUGCAUGUCCCACACGACCAUAUUGCGUAUCGUUACGAAAUGCUCAAAGUGAUUGGCAAGGGCAGCUUUGGCCAAGUGGUGAAGGCGUUCGACCACAAGACACAUACGCACGUCGCUCUCAAGAUGGUUCGAAAUGAAAAGCGUUUCCAUAGGCAGGCGCAGGAAGAAAUCAAGAUUCUCGACCAUCUACGAAAACAGGACAAGGAUAAUUCAAUGAACAUCAUUCACAUGUUUGAGCAUUUCACGUUCCGCAACCAUAUGUGUAUCACGUUUGAGCUGCUAUCGAUCAAUCUGUACGAGCUAAUUAAGAAAAACAAAUUUGGCGGGUUUUCAUUACAGCUAGUCCGCAAGUUCGCUCAUUCUCUUCUGCAGUGUCUCGAUGCUGUCUACCGUAACAAGAUUAUUCACUGCGACCUCAAACCUGAGAAUAUCCUGUUGAAACAACAGGGCCGCUCGGGUAUCAAGGUGAUCGAUUUUGGCUCGUCGUGUUACGAACAUCAGCGUGUUUAUACGUAUAUUCAGUCUAGGUUUUACCGUGCGCCCGAGGUAAUUCUUGGCGCCAAGUACGGAAUGCCCAUCGAUAUGUGGUCGCUGGGCUGUAUUCUCGCCGAACUGCACACGGGCUACCCGCUUUUACCUGGUGAAGAUGAGGGCGACCAGCUGGCGUGCACCAUGGAGCUGCUGGGCAAGCCACCUCAGAAGUUGUUGGACCAGUCAAAGCGAGCGAAGAACUUUUUCUCACAGAAGGGUUACCCCCGGUACUGUACCGUGACGCCACUGCCGAAUGGUGACUAUCUACUUGGAGGAGGCCGUUCGCGACGGGGCAAGCUUCGUGGGCCCCCGGGCAGCUUGAAGAUGACCACCGCUCUAAAAGGCAGCGACGAUGCGUUGUUCAUCGAUUUUAUCAAGCGGUGUCUCGAAUGGGACCCCGCGGUCCGAAUGACGCCCAGCGCGGCAUUGAGGCACGCGUGGCUCAGGCGGAAAUUGCCAAGAACGCCGCAAACGAGUAGCAACUCAACGUCGGCUGCCGUAACGAGUGCAACGGUUGUGUCCGCUUCGACGGCCAGUUCGCUGGGACCCGCUGGUGUCUCCCUGGGAGUUUCCCUACACCGAACUCAAACAGAUGAUGCGCCCGUUCGCUACAAAAGUACCGCGAACGGACUAAACGGCAUCCCACCAAUCGUUAUUUCGGCCGGAGAGACCCAGGUCCCAAAGGCUCCCGUCCUUAGAUAGGACAUCGCUCUCCAGUCACUGUGAUAGACUACUAAACAAUUACCGUCAAUUGCUUGCUGAGUCGGUCCGAGAGAAAGAGAGAGGGAAAACGAAAAGAAAAGCGAACACAUUCAUGUAUAGAAUAGUUUACUAGGUGGCCAAUGCAAGGCGGCCCCCUGUCGCCACCUUGACGGCAAGUGUUACACGAAGAACGAAGGCUUUUUCGGGUCCACGCAUGGACGGCCGAGGAGAACAAAACAGAAAAGAAUUCUACAAAGCAGGUAGAGCGGAGAUAAUGAUGGUGAUGACGAUGAUUCGAAUGGUACAGAAGAUGCAGAAAAUGUCGGACGAUUUCGACGCGAUUGCGACCCGUUGUUAACAAGAACGACAGCGACGGAAAAUGCUAUGAGUCCCGUGCUCUGCUGCGUCGUGCUCCGCCGUUCAGCCGAAAUGUGCAGGGUUCUCGACUUUAGAGUACCCAGGGAAAUCCUAUAGAAUAGCGGCUGACGGCCAAAGCAGGGCACAGCAUUCAGAGCCUAGGUAGUUUCGCGUGUAGGCGCCCUUAAACGUCACCGUGUGUUGUAGGGUGCUGGUGCGUUUCUGUAGUUAUAAACAAAUAAGCAAACAAAAAGAUUUAAUCACGAGCGAAUAGACACCGACGAUUUACACUGGACUCGAGGCCGAGGAAGAGACGAGACUUAAGAAGCAGACAUCCGCUUGUUUUGUUCACAUAACGGUGAUGAUUAUGACGACGUCAGCUACUAUAACGCGUACCAUGAUCACAAUAAGAUAAAAGAAAUGUAUGUGCUUGGAACAGUUAAUCAGUAUGGGUAACACAGUGGGGCAGAGUUGGACACGGUCUCACAUCUCAUCAAACAAAAAGAGAGAUACAAAGCAAACAAAUCUAUGAAAGACAAAAAGGAUACGAAAAGCGAGAAAAAAAUGGGUUUGAUUCGAGUGCGCACGAAUGAAUAGGUCAUGAGGAACGUAUUUCUCGACAAACUUCGAUGGAAGUGAAACAAAAUGGAACGUUAGGAUUAUUAUCUAUGUGUUACUACUCUAUAGCAUAGCCCUGGUCACAAAGUGGACGAUGAUGGUUCUGCUGAUCGCAGUUAGUAUUGGACCAGCGGGUCCUGGGCUACCUUGGAACAGGGUUCUUGGGCGGCGGCCAAGUGGUGUGUUAGCGGAUAACACUAUAGGUUAUACUGAGUUGAUUUGGGCGUGGGAGUUAAUCUUUUCAAUUAAUUGCACGCAUUGUUAUACCCUGGAUGAACUAUUCGAUGGCCACAUGAUCUGAAGAGAGCAUUGUAAAAAGCUUUCCACGGUUUCCCCGUAAUGUCAUAUUUGGAGGCGAACUAUUUGAGCAAACAAUCUACGUCUAUCCACCAGUUGUGUAUCGUUAUCCCUAACUACUACAGUGGUCGCGCGCCCAGAUCUCCAUGCGACUAGAAUCUCCAUGCGUUCGCCAGCAGCAUCUCGUCGAUCAGGUCCAUGAGCGAGCUUACGACGCUCUGUGCCCUGGCGCAACGGCAAUGAAAUGGGUUGCAAUUUGGUCAGGCCAACAACGUGUCGACAAAAUAGUCUUCCGCUGGCCCGGGCAGAAAGUGCGAAACUUUCGGUGGUGCUGCGCCGCCGCUGUUACCAAGCUGGUGCUAAUUAAAGCACCUACUUGAUACCAUUUGCGUACUGCACUACGCGGGGACAAUGUAUUAUAUUAUCAUUUAAUGAAUUGCUGUUGAACGAAAGGUUAGAGUAGUCAGAACGUUGAGAAAGUAGCUAGCUAUCUAGCUAGGGGAUAUUAGGCCGAAGGAGGGGAGAAGGGACAGAUUUUCAAUAACAACUGCCUUUAUCUUUUUGGUAGUCUGGGGGGAGCAACUUCGAUUUUUCUAUGAUGGCAAUCGAACCAGGUACGGAUUGCGGUGUCUCUGCGGCAUGUGAGCAGAUAUCUGAUCAGUGAGAAGGUCGAAAUAGACAAAGAAAAAUGGUUCCAAGUGAGGUCCCUGCGGGGGCGUUAUAACGUGAUACGCGAACUUCAGCUGAAGUUGGCACAGUAGCCAAUUCUUCUUAAAGCUCUUUAAGAUGUCAAGCGGAACGACAGUGUACCAACAUAGACAUCAGUUACAACGUAACUUGUGAAUCUCUUGUCCUAUGAAUAGUGAUCAACGCAUAGUAUGCGCAUGUAAUUAUUACCUAUAAUUACCAUCAUUAUUAUUUUACGCGAUUCAAAGCAUACAUACACAAGUAUAUACGCCGUUCUCCCUCGAAUUAAUUAAGUUAGACUUGCUUGCAGAAUCAUUCACUCGGCGACAUCAAAAGAUAAGAUAACAACGACAUAAUCGCCAGUAUACAUGAGUAGGGGGGGCGAUCGAGUCUGCUGGUCUCUGUAAUCUAAUCGUAAAGUAGAAUAAUGAUAACGAUGCUAAUAAUGAUAAUUAUACCAACGUACAUUUAUAUAAACUUAUAUAACAUAUACUGUAUUUAUUAGAAACGACAUUAAUUACAUAAGUAUCAUCGUUCUUCCUCUUCGCAACGCGCGACGAGUUGCACUUGUACCCCAACCUCCAUUCAAUAAUACCGUGCUCCCAAACAAGCCGAUAG